AAUUGAGAUAAUUCAAAUUGGCCAACGAUUGCACAAACUGAUAAACCGUAAUCAAAAAGUAUUAGUUUGGGCAACCAAAAGAAACGACACCAUGCAAUGUAGCACAAAAUUACUGCCAUACCUCUAGUUCCACCUCCCAUCUGGUGGGAAGCACAUCCUCCUGCACAGGCUGCUCCAUUGCCAUCAGAAUCCUCUCUUCCACACGACGCAGUUCCAGCUAAAAGUCGUCAAGAAGCUCGUUCCUCACAGCGAAAGUACCACAGGAAGAAAAAACGCACGUGCUUCUCGCAGAAGAUACAGCUUCUCUUCUUCUCUGGGGCAGAAGAGCCUCUUCCAAAGAGGUUCUGCACAAGAGGCAAAUGCAACAGAAAUGUCUGACUUGAUAGGCGAAGAGUACUCCAGAACACAGGACUUGGAGGUCCAGAUCAGGAACUUGAAAAACACCAUCAGUGAGCUCGAAAAAAGCACCAAGUACGACACCAUCGAGAAUAGUGCUCCACCCACUGAUUCUGUUCAGCUGGACGACAACGAGGGCCAGGACCAGCAGAACCUGGCUUCCAAUCGCGACGCCCACUAUGAUGAAAAAACUAAUUCUAAUGACAUUGAGAUUGAAAAUCAAAAUCAAAAUCAAAACAAACACGAUGUUAAAUCGAUAAUGCAAAAGUACGAGUACAGCUCGAGAUACCAAAAUAAACUAAACAAAGAGUUGAUUCAGCUCAAGUUGGUCAAUGAAUUCACUGAGAAUUUGAUCGAAUCAAUGACUGUCACAGAAUACAAUUUCAAUAAAAUACAGGAUAAUUUACAAAGCAGUAAUAAAUUGAUUGAUUACUGGUCUGAUAUUUUAAAUCAAAUGAUUCAUAUUGACAAAUUAUUAUUGUCAAAUAACAACAACAACAAUAUCAAUAGCGUUAGCGGUAUUAACAAUAGAAAAUGGCAAGGAAAAUCAAUCGAUUCGUUUAAUUAUAAUGAAAAUUUACAAAAAUUUAACGAACUAAACAAUUAUCAUAAUACUCUACUCAACGAGAAAGCCCUAAAAGAACAAAAAGAACAAUUACAAAAAAAAUUGAAACUAAAAAAAGAACAAGAAAGAAAUGAAUUACUUCAAAAAAGAAUUUAUGGUAAUAAAAGAUUUACUAAUAGAGGCCUUAAUAAAAUUCAUAAUAGCACCAAUAGCAAUACCAUCAAUGUUAAUAAUAAUAAAAACAACAACAACAACAAAAAUAAUAAUAAUAACAACAUUUCAAAGCCAUUAGGCAGACCAAGAAGUAGAACUGUCUACAAGAGAUAAAAAAAACGUAGUAUAUUAUUUCAUUUUAUCAAGUUGAUUUUAAUCUUUCAGCAUUAUCGGUAUAACCGUUGAUUAUAUAACUAUUUUAAUCAUUAUUUUAGUUAUCAUUGUUAUUUGAAGAGAGAAUAGCAGCAUGGAAAUUUUCAUCGAUUUUGAACUUAUUUUAGAUAGAAUCUUUAUUUAAAGUUUUUGUGUCAAAUUUUUUGAGUCGAUGUAAUUUCUGAAAACAGUACUUUUACAAUUUACAAUUACAAAAUUGAUCAUUUAGAGUAAUAAUAAUCGGUUUCAUUAUUAUUUUAAAGUAAGAAAGUUGAAAAAAAAUUGGGCAUGUAUCAAGUUUACUAUAGCUAUAUACUGGUGUUUAUAAGCUUUUACUUGUAUAAUAUAUUAGGGUGGUGUGUAAUUAGGAAACAUGGGAUGCAUUUUGAUGUCUUGAUGUUGUUUUUUUUUUGUUUUUUUAAUAUUGGAUUAAUCGAUAU